AGGAACAAUGGCAGGGGCCUGGAGGGUACUAGUGCUGGUAGUGGGCUUAGCAGCGGUGGCCUGUGAGGCCCAGCCUCGUCGUCUGAGCUAUGAGGAGAUUGUCACCAUGGCCUUGAAGUUCUUCAAUCGAGGGCAACAAGGACAGUCCCUCUUCCGCCUGCUGGAAGCCACCCCACCUCCUAGUUCAAACUCCACGAAGACUCCCAUACCGCUCAACUUCAGGAUUAAAGAGACUGUGUGCAUUUUAAAUCAACAGAGACAGCCCAGAGAAUGUGCUUUCAAGGAAGGCGGGGAGGAGAGAAAAUGCACCGGUAGCUUCCUCAAGAGGCCACCCCGCCGCAUCCUCACGGUCGACUGCGUCCCAGUCCGCGAUCCAGAGGUCGGUGAGCCAGAGGUCCCCACCAUGAGGCCUUCUGCUGACCCCUUUGAGAGAGACUCUCUGGGGCUUGAUAUCAUCAAGCAACAAGGGGGCUACACCCUGCAUAAGAAAGGCAAGUAGGACAUCACCACCAUCCUGAAGAAUUUCUAGAGCUGGAGAAGGAAGGGAUGGUACUGCAUCUCCACCACAAGCUCCCCUUGCAACAUUAUGCCCUCAGCACCUUUCCUGCUGUCUGAACUCGUCCACAUGCUUCUGUUUUUGCACACAAGCUUCCCUCUGCCUGAGUUAGCUCCUACCCUACCCCAUGUCUGUCAUCCUACUUAUCCUUCAAAGCACAGCUCCAAAGCCCUGCCCUCUAGGAAGCUUCCCUGCGCUACUCUAAGAAAGAUAGCAUUCCCUCAUCUGUACCUUCAUGAACCUCAAAUCAUGCUGGCGUUACCUGUUGUGCCCAAGCCAGAUAACACUGUCUACUCACAGAUAACACUGUCUACUCCCAGAGCCAGCUGCAGGGAGCUGUGGAAUGAGUUUCUCAACAAAGUGCUCCAGGAAUCCUGAGAGGGCAAUUCCUUUUACACAGGAGCCUGAGCACCCCAGCUCCCUGCCUAGUCACUGUGACAACUAAACUUUCCAGUCACUGUGACAACUGAACAUAUCCAGACACCCUCAAAUCUGCCAGAGAACUGGCAGAGAAAUCCAUGAGAACUGGUCCUGGUGAGAAUCACAGAAGAGAGGUUCAAUAAAAGCUUUCUGAAAUAAAUGAUUAAGAGAAUGAAUGAUU